AUGUCCAAGACGAGAGCCUGUUGCUUGAAUUUUGUUCAGGGUACUCCAGAAACCAACCCAAGCUUCUUUGUUAACUUUUUUGCACCGUUCCUCCUUAGCCCAACAAGCAUCAAAUUUGAAAUAGUCCCCACACAAGACUUGAGGAUAUCUAGAGUAAAAACUCUCACCCUAAUUCAUUUCCCCGCAAACUUUCCUUGGCUAAAACUUCCCCCUCGUCGUUCUCCUCUCAAACCUCGUCCACUCGCAGCCCUAGUAGAAACCCACAGUCACCAUGACCUAAACGCUCCCCAAGACUCCGGGCGACAAAGGCAAGCUCCUAUCGACGGGAAGUUGAAACUCAACCAACUGAAGGCUGAUGAUUUGGGAUUUAUUGAUUCAAUUUCAGUUGAGGAAAUCGGUGGUUAUCGGGUCACUGUUGUGAGAAGUGAAGAAGGUGGUAACAAGAUAUCCACUGUGCUUCUACGAGGAAGUACUGAUAGUAUAUUGGAUGAUCUUGAAAGAGCUGUUGAUGAUGGGGUGAAUACACAUAAGGCAAUGUGCAGGGACAGUCGGAUGGUUCCUGGAGCUACAGCUACUGAAAUUGAGUUGGUUAGAAGAUUGAAAGAAUUCUCCUUUAAGGAAACAGGAUUGGAGCAAUAUGCCAUUGCUAAGUUUGCUGAAAGUUUUGAAAUGGUACCAAGAACCCUCGCAGAGAAUGCUGGACUCAAUUCAAUGGAUAUCAUAUCUAAGCUGUAUGAAAAGCAUGCAUCUGGAAAUACCAAAGUGGGCAUCGACUUGAAGGGAAGGGAAGGCAUAUUAGAGUGUUUAGGUUUUAUUUCUUGA